CAACAACUUUGAAUUUUCAGUUCAAACAAAUGAGUAAACUCUGUAAAAUUAGCUGCAAAUUUGAACCAAAAUCCCUCAAAAAUGGUGUAACUCAAUCUUUUUUCAGAUUCUUCACAGUGUCAUCAUCUUUAUCAUCUUCACAUCAUCGCUCCGAAGAAGAAAACUAUCCUACUAUUCGCCGUAAUAGAAGAACCCAACGUCAUUAUUUAAGCAAAUUAUUAUUCACAUUAUCUGCAACCCAUUAUAAAGAAAUCCACACCCAAGUGAUUCUUUCUGGAUUUGAAAGCAACCCUUUUCUUAACAACAUCUUGAUUCAAUCGUAUUCGAUUCGGGGGUGUUUGGGCUAUGCACGCAAAGUGUUUGAUAAAAUGCCUAAAAGGGAUAUGAUUUCUUGGUCUUCAGUUAUUACUAUGUAUACCCAAAAUGGGGUUUAUGAUGAAUCUUUGUUGCUUUUUGCUGAGUUGAGGAGAAGUUGUAAAGAGGGGGAGGGGCCAAAUGAGUUUGUUUUGGCUAGUGUUGUUAGUUGUUGUGGAAGGUUAGGUAGUAUUGUGAAAGGUGAGGAAUUGCAUUGUUUUGUGGUUAAAGCUGGUUUUGAUCAGUUUGUGUAUGUAGGGACGUCUUUAAUUGAUUUUUACUCGAAGGGUGGAGAUGUAGGGUCAGCGAGGCGAAUUUUUGAUGAUUUAUUGGUGAAGAGUACGGCUACUUGGACUGCGAUUAUUGCAGCGUGUGUGAAUGUGGGGAAGAGUGAAAUUUCCUUACAGCUAUUGAGGAAUAUGUUGGAGACUGAUGUUGUUCCUGAUAAUUAUGUGGUUUCGAGUAUCUUGGGUGCUUGUUCGUCGCUUGAGUAUAUUAAAGGAGGAAAGGAAAUUCAUGGUUAUGUGCUUAGACGGGGAGUGGAGAUGGAUGUUACGGUGAGUAAUGUUCUUAUUGAUUUCUAUAUGAAGUGUGGUAAGGUUAAGACUGCAAGGUCAGUUUUUGAUCGGAUGCAAGUUAAAAACACUAUUUCUUGGACAACGAUGAUCUCUGGAUACAUGCAGAAUUCUUCUGACUGGGAAGCCAUAAGCAUGUUUAGAGACUUGAACAGUUUGGGUUGGAUGCUAGAUAGAUUUGCUUGCAGUAGUGUACUUAUUUCAUGUGGGUCGGUUGAAGCUUUAGAGUUGGGAAGACAAGUGCAUGCUUAUACCGUGAAAGCUAAUGUUGAUUCUGAUGACUUUGUGAAGAAUAGCUUGAUUGAUAUGUACGCGAAAUGUAAUUCAUUUGGUGACGCAAGGAAGGUUUUUGACAUUAUGGGUGACCAUGACGUAAUCUCUUACAAUGCUAUAAUUGAGGGUUGUUUGACGCAGAAUAGGCUAUAUGAAGCUUUUGAUCUAUUUGCUGAAAUGAGAGAUAAUCUGAUUCUUCCAAGCCUUUUGACUUUUGUUAGCCUGCUCGGUGCAUCAGCUUCACUUUUCUCCUUGGAGUUAAGUAAGCAACUUCACGGUCUUACCAUAAAAUUUGGUUUUUCUGCUGACAUGUUUGUUUGUAGCAUCCUAAUAGAUGUUUACUCGAAAUGUUCAUCUAUUGAAGAUGCGAGGCAAGUAUUCAUUGAAAUGAAUGAAAAGGAUAUUGUUGUAUGGAAUUCUAUGUUGUUUGGGUACAUACAGCAGUGUGAAAAUGAAGAGGCCCUAAAGUUCUUCCUAGAAUUGCGGCAGUCUUUGCAAAAGCCAAACGCAUUGACUUUUGUUGCCCUCAUUGCUGCAUCUAGUAACCUAGUAAGUCUGCUUCAUGGUCUCCAGUUUCAUAACCAGAUUGUAAAACUCGGCCUAAAUUUUGAUCCGCAUGUUACAAAUGCACUCGUCGAUAUGUACUCCAAGUGUGGAAGCUUGGAAGAAGCACGUAAAAUGUUUAAUUCCACUAUCCAGAGAGAUAUCGCGUGUUGGAAUUCUAUGAUAUCCACUUAUGCACAGCACGGAGAAGCAAAGGAAGCUCUUAAUAUGUUUGAGAAAAUGAUAAAUGAUGGAUUGAAACCCAACAAUGUCACCUUUGUUGGAGUGCUUUCAGCAUGUAGCCAUGUUGGUCUUGUCAAAGAAGGAUUGCGUCACUUCCAUUCCAUGGCCGGGUACGGUAUUGAACCAGAAACGGAGCAUUAUGUUUGCAUAGUGUCUCUCUUGGGUCGAGCUGGUAAACUGGUCGAAGCAACGGAAUUCAUUGAAACAAUGCCAAUUCCACCGGCCGCCAUUGUGUGGAGGAGUUUGCUUAGCGCGUGUAGAGAAGCUGGUCAUAUAGACCUGGGUAAAUAUGCAGCAUCGAUGGCAAUAUCUAUAGAUCCAAAAGACAGUGGAUCAUAUAUCCUACUUUCAAAUAUUUAUGCAUCUAAAGGCAUGUGGAUCAAUGUCAAAAAGUUAAGAGAGAAAAUGGAUAGCAAUGGCGUAGUGAAAGAAAAAGGGUGUAGUUGGAUAGAAAUAAACAAUGAGGUGCAUUUGUUUAUCGCAAGAGACCGAAGUCAUCACCAAACUGAUUUGAUACAUUCAUUUUUGGAACUUCUGAUUCGGAAUAUAAAAGGGAUCGAAUAUGUUCCUGAGGAUACUACCUUCUCAAAUGAGUAAAAUCUCUAUGUCAUCUUUGCCGUGAUAUGCUAUUAGCAAGAACGCUGUGAUCCAGGCGGUCGUAGAUGCCCAAAAUGACAAUUAGAAGCAAGACAUUAUAUUAGAGUUCUAUUGCUGUCGAAAGGUUUCUUCUUUGGUUUGGCAGUGGAGCUUUAUCCAAUCAACUCAGGACAAAACUGAACCAAUAUGAACUCUUGCAACAAGGUAUCUGCUCUGAAUGAAAGAUAUCCAAGCAUAAGGUGUGGUACUCCAGAUGGAAUCUUGCCGAAUAUGGUCGAUUGGGAGAAUAUUUGUUACGUGCUGUGGUGCCGCUAAUAUGUUGGGACAUGCAUCAACCCAACAGGGUCCUUAGGCAGUUUGGGAUGUGUGUCAAUUCAUACCAGUUGCUUGCAAUUUUGUGGAUAAUCACUACAUGCAUGAUCAUCAUGACUGAGAACGUGCAAACCGUGUUUGUGAAGCCUCAAAAACAAAUAUACCCUUUGUGUAUGAUGACGAUUGACGGCUACCUCAGAUAGGAUCUUCUGAUUACUCGACAGAUUAUUGGGAAUCCUAGAUUUCAUUUGCCAGAAGGGAAUGCAUCAUUUGUACCAAGGUGUGAGAUCGUUGUUGCAUGUAGACUCAAUAGUUACACACAAUUAUGCUCAAAUCCAAUUUCGUGGUGUCGUCCUACCAAACAGGUUCUCAAUGAAAAGCAAGAAUACGAACGAUGACACUGUAAGUCUUCUUGAUAUCAUUUAGUUAUGACCAUUGUGAGCAAAGUCAAAUGAUUUGUGUUGUUGUGGCUGCAUAGUUUUAGUAUAGUAAGAUGUGGCAAUUGAGAUAUCCAUUGAGCUAUUAGUGAUUGAUUGAUUUGCUAGAAGUAGUACUUGGAUGAUAAAUUCAUAAGGCUAUUUCCUGUUUAGUUGCUAAUACU